AUGAGAUUUGACGAAUUACAAGAAGUUCUUUUGACAAGAAUCGGACAAAUAAUUAGUGGUGAAUACACUAUGCUAAGUGACGUUCAAGCUAACGCUGAUCGUAUAAAUGGUUUAAAUCGUAAAGUGAAAAGAUUACAAGAUCAAUUAGCAAGUAGAGAAAUACAAUUAGGUUUGUGGAAAGAGAAAGCUAGUAAAUUAGAAGAUCAAUUGUCCGGUAUAAAUGAAACUGAAAUGAAAGCUCAUGCAAAUAAAAUUGCAGCGGAGAAAUCAGCUAUCAAUGCUAGACGAUCAGAAUUAGAAGUGUCAAGAUUAAAAGAUGAGUUAACUCGUUUAAAAGCGGAACUAUUAGAUUUUAGUGACGCUAAAAUUAGUGUAGUUAAAUGUGAAGAACAACUGGCCGAGCUAACUAAACAAAACAGAGAACUGGAAAGUAUACGUCAAAGUCAAGCAAAUAAAAUUGCUGAGUUAACAGAAAAAAUGGAAUUGCAAACAAAUGAGGAUAGUGAUAACCGUAGUCGAUUAGAAGAAGAAUGUAAAUGUUUAAUGAAUGAAUUACAAUCAACUAGAAAGUCAAUGGAACAACUUCAACGUUCUGAAAGAGAGCUUCUGGAAUUCAGAGCACUUGUUGGUCGUCUUCUUGGUUUAGAUACAGAAUUAUUAACAGUACCUAAUUAUGAUAUUAUCAGUCGUUUAGAAACAAUAAUUACACAUCAUCAAUUUAUUCAUGAUAAUUCCAUGUUGUCACAUAUGAACGAUGCACAUUCACCGAAUAGAAAAUCAAGUUCAUUGACUAAAGAUACAGGCUUACAACGAAAUACAACGGCAGAUUGUUAUAUGGCCGGACCGCAUACAGCUAAAACAAGAUCUAAACAAGCUUGGACUAAUACUUGUGAAGAUUGUUCAAAAUCAUGUAACCGUUCAGUGAGAGAUUCAUUAGAAAAGUACAGGGAAAAAUGUCAUCCAUCUGAAUCAAUAAAACACGAUCCAAGAAAGUAUUAG